CGUAGCACAUAAUGCUCUGUCUAAAAUAAAAGUUCAUCUGACAAAUAUCACAUCGUUGAUUUUCCUGAAACUCACCGUUUGCGCGUGUCAACGGCAGAGCUAACACCACCUCCCUCAGCCACCAUCGGCGGCGACUUCAUUAUAAUCUCCGUGAUCCUCUCGGAUUCCGUGUACUUCUAAUUCUUUAGUAAUGAAUAGACCCAUCUGACGCUAAAUGUGCUUUAACCUCAAAAUCAGCAGCUAUUACAUGAAAACGUGCAUAUAAGUCAACAAUGAAGCGUUAUGUUUAUAUUGACGAUGAUGAUUUGUCAAACAAUGUUUACUGUGACAACCGUAUCUCGAACAGAAAAUAUACCGUAUGGAAUUUUCUUCCAAAGAACUUGUGGGAACAAUUCAGCCGAUUUAUGAACCAGUACUUUUUGUUGAUUGCUUGCCUUCAACUAUGGUCACUCAUCACUCCAGUAAAUCCUGCUAGUACAUGGGGCCCUCUCAUCUUUAUAUUUGCAGUCUCAGCAACAAAGGAGGCAUGGGAUGAUUACAAUAGAUAUCUUUCGGACAAGAAAGCUAAUGAGAAAGAAGUUUGGGUUGUGCGGAAGGGCACCAGAAAACAUAUUCAAGCCCAAGACGUUUGUGUUGGUAACAUAGUAUGGCUUCGUGAAAAUGAUGAAGUGCCUUGUGAUCUGGUCUUGAUUGGUACAUCUGAUCCACAAGGUCUUUGUUACGUGGAGACAGCUGCCCUUGAUGGUGAAACUGAUCUUAAGACAAGGGUGGUUGCCUCUGCUUGUAUGGGAAUAGAUUCCGAAUUGUUGCACAAAAUCAAGGGUGUAAUUGAGUGUCCCAUUCCGGAUAAAGACAUCAGAAGAUUUGAUGCAAAUAUGAGGCUAUUUCCGCCGUUCUUGGACAAUGAUGUAUGCCCUUUGACCAUUAAAAAUACAAUUCUCCAAUCAUGCUAUUUGAGGAACACAGAAUGGGCAUGUGGUGUUGCUGUUUAUACAGGGAAUGAAACAAAGCUUGGCAUGAGUAGGGGCAUACCAGAACCAAAGCUUACAGCCAUGGAUGCCAUGAUUGACAAGUUGACAGGCGCAAUAUUUGUUUUUCAGAUAGUCGUUGUUAUUGUUCUGGGUAUUGCUGGGAAUGUCUGGAAAGAUACAGAAGCGCGCAAGGUUUGCAUCAUAUAAAACAUGUUAAUGAUAUUAUUUU